AUGCAGGGGCAUCGACGGCUGGUCGAGUUGGAGCAGGUCACCAAAGCUCCGAAGAUGCAGUGGGUCGAACAUCCGCAUUCCCAGGCGGCAGCUGGAGAGUGGACUGGGCUCUUACGUGAUGAUCUGGAGUGGACUCGCCAACACCAUCCCGCUGACAGAAGAAGACUUGAUGAGAAAACAAAUCAGCUCGAGACAAUUGCCGUGCCUCCAGCAUCAGAGGGCGCGACUGCUGCAGAAUCCCUAUCUCAGCAGUUAGAGAUAGAUGCUAGACCACCAGCAGACUCAGUGGUAUCUCUUGCAGAAUGGGCUGAUGAUCCCUAUAAUGAAAACAUUGAUAGAGAUGAUGAUGAGCCACCAGCAGAAUCAGUGGUAUCUCUUGCAGAACGGGCUGAUGAUCCCUGUAAUGAAAACUUUGAUAGAGAUGAUGAUGAUUCACCAGCAGAAUCAGUGGUAUCUCUUGCAGAACGGGCUGAUGAUCCCUGUAAUGAAAACUUUGAUAGAGAUGAUGAUGAGCCACCAGCAGAAUCAGUGGUAUCUCUUGCAGAACGGGCUGAUGAUCCCUGUAAUGAAAACUUUGAUAGAGAUGAUGAUGAGCCACCAGCAGAAUCAGUGGUAUCUCUUGCAGAACGGGCUGAUGAUCCCUGUAAUGAAAACUUUGAUAGAGAUGAUGAUGAGCCACCAGCAGAAUCAGUGGUAUCUCUUGCAGAACGGGCUGAUGAUCCCUGUAAUGAAAACUUUGAUAGAGAUGAUGAUGAGCCACCAGCAGAAUCAGUGGUAUCUCUUGCAGAAUGGGCUGAUGGUCCCUGUAAUGAAAACUUUGAUAGAGAUGAUGAUGAGCCACCAGCAGAAUCAGUGGUAUCUCUUGCAGAAUGGGCUGCUGGUCCCUGUACUGAAAACUUUGAUAGAGAUGAUGAUGAGCCACCAGCAGAAUCAGUGGUAUCUCUUGCAGAACGGGCUGAUGAUCCCUGUAAUGAAAACUUUGAUAGAGAUGAUGAUGAGCCACCAGCAGAAUCAGUGGUAUCUCUUGCAGAACGGGCUGAUGGUCCCUGUAAUGAAAACUUUGAUAGAGAUGAUGAUGAGCCACCAGCAGAAUCAGUGGUAUCUCUUGCAGAACGGGCUGAUGAUCCCUGUAAUGAAAACUUUGAUAGAGAUGAUGAUGAGCCACCAGCAGAAUCAGUGGUAUCUCUUGCAGAACGGGCUGAUGAUAUCUGUAAUGAAAACUUUGAUAGAGAUGAUGAUGAGCCACCAGCAGAAUCAGUGGUAUCUCUUGCAGAAUGGGCUGAUGAUAUCUGUAAUGAAAACUUUGAUAGAGAUGAUGAUGAGCCACCAGCAGAAUCAGUGGUAUCUCUUGCAGAACAGGCUGAUGAUAUCUGUAAUGAAAACUUUGAUAGAGAUGAUGAUGAGCCACCAGCAGAAUCAGUGGUAUCUCUUGCAGAACAGGCUGAUGAUCCCUGUAAUGAAAACUUUGAUAGAGAUGAUGAUGAGCCACCAGCAGAAUCAGUGGUAUCUCUUGCAGAACGGGCUGAUGAUCCCUGUAAUGAAAACUUUGAUAGAGAUGAUGAUGAUUCACCAGCAGAAUCAGUGGUAUCUCUUGCAGAACGGGCUGAUGAUCCCUGUAAUGAAAACUUUGAUAGAGAUGAUGAUGAGCCACCAGCAGAAUCAGUGGUAUCUCUUGCAGAACGGGCUGAUGAUCCCUGUAAUGAAAACUUUGAUAGAGAUGAUGAUGAGCCACCAGCAGAAUCAGUGGUAUCUCUUGCAGAACGGGCUGAUGAUAUCUGUAAUGAAAACUUUGAUAGAGAUGAUGAUGAGCCACCAGCAGAAUCAGUGGUAUCUCUUGCAGAACGGGCUGAUGAUAUCUGUAAUGAAAACUUUGAUAGAGAUGAUGAUGAGCCACCAGCAGAAUCAGUGGUAUCUCUUGCAGAACGGGCUGAUGAUCCCUGUAAUGAAAACUUUGAUAGAGAUGAUGAUGAGCCACCAGCAGAAUCAGUGGUAUCUCUUGCAGAACGGGCUGAUGAUCCCUGUAAUGAAAACUUUGAUAGAGAUGAUGAUGAGCCACCAGCAGAAUCAGUGGUAUCUCUUGCAGAACGGGCUGAUGAUCCCUGUAAUGAAAACUUUGAUAGAGAUGAUGAUGAGCCACCAGCAGAAUCAGUGGUAUCUCUUGUAGAACGGGCUGAUGAUCCCUGUAAUGAAAACUUUGAUAGAGAUGAUGAUGAGCCACCAGCAGAAUCAGUGGUAUCUCUUGCAGAACGGGCUGAUGAUCCCUGUAAUGAAAACUUUGAUAGAAAUGAUGAUGAGCCACCAGCAGAAUCAGUGGUAUCUCUUGCAGAACGGGCUGAUGAUAUCUGUAAUGAAAACUUUGAUAGAGAUGAUGAUGAGCCACCAGCAGAAUCAGUGGUAUCUCUUGCAGAACGGGCUGAUGAUAUCUGUAAUGAAAACUUUGAUAGAGAUGAUGAUGAGCCACCAGCAGAAUCAGUGGUAUCUCUUGCAGAACGGGCUGAUGAUCCCUGUAAUGAAAACUUUGAUAGAGAUGAUGAUGAGCCACCAGCAGAAUCAGUGGUAUCUCUUGCAGAACGGGCUGAUGAUCCCUGUAAUGAAAACUUUGAUAGAGAUGAUGAUGAGCCACCAGCAGAAUCAGUGGUAUCUCUUGCAGAACGGGCUGAUGAUCCCUGUAAUGAAAACUUUGAUAGAGAUGAUGAUGAGCCACCAGCAGAAUCAGUGGUAUCUCUUGCAGAACAGGCUGAUGAUCCCUGUAAUGAAAACUUUGAUAGAGAUGAUGAUGAGCCACCAGCAGAAUCAGUGGUAUCUCUUGCAGAACGGGCUGAUGAUCCCUGUAAUGAAAACUUUGAUAGAGAUGAUGAUGAGCCACCAGCAGAAUCAGUGGUAUCUCUUGCAGAACGGGCUGAUGAUCCCUGUAAUGAAAACUUUGAUAGAAAUGAUGAUGAGCCACCAGCAGAAUCAGUGGUAUCUCUUGCAGAACGGGCUGAUGAUAUCUGUAAUGAAAACUUUGAUAGAGAUGAUGAUGAGCCACCAGCAGAAUCAGUGGUAUCUCUUGCAGAACGGGCUGAUGAUCCCUGUAAUGAAAACUUUGAUAGAGAUGAUGAUGAGCCACCAGCAGAAUCAGUGGUAUCUCUUGCAGAACAGGCUGAUGAUCCCUGUAAUGAAAACUUUGAUAGAGAUGAUGAUGAGCCACCAGCAGAAUCAGUGGUAUCUCUUGCAGAACGGGCUGAUGAUCCCUGUAAUGAAAACUUUGAUAGAGAUGAUGAUGAGCCACCAGCAGAAUCAGUGGUAUCUCUUGCAGAACGGGCUGAUGAUCCCUGUAAUGAAAACUUUGAUAGAAAUGAUGAUGAGCCACCAGCAGAAUCAGUGGUAUCUCUUGCAGAACGGGCUGAUGAUAUCUGUAAUGAAAACUUUGAUAGAGAUGAUGAUGAGCCACCAGCAGAAUCAGUGGUAUCUCUUGCAGAACGGGCUGAUGAUAUCUGUAAUGAAAACUUUGAUAGAGAUGAUGAUGAGCCACCAGCAGAAUCAGUGGUAUCUCUUGUAGAACGGGCUGAUGAUCCCUGUAAUGAAAACUUUGAUAGAGAUGAUGAUGAGCCACCAGCAGAAUCAGUGGAUGAUGCAGCUCGCGACAAUGAAGUGAUAAUGGAAGUUAGCGACUCGACGGUGACAACACAGCCAAAGAGUCAAGAAAAAGAACCAAAUAUCUCUGUUCAAAUAGAACAAACUCCGGAACCGGUUAUAGUCCUUCAGAAUGAGCAGUCUCCAGAAAACCACAAGGAAACCAACCCAUCACUUGCCAGAGAACAGGACCGAGCGCAAGAAACCCAAGAUGUAAUGGAAAACGAUGAAACCUCCCCAAGAGUCAGUCCUCCAAGGAAACAUAAAAAGAGGAGGCUAGCUCAUAAGGGAGCUGAAAAACUGGCACCCCCUUUGCGAGAAAAAGCAAAGCAGAUUAGCAACAAACUGCAUGAAGAACAACGUCGUAAUCCGGUUCUGAGUAUGCAGGCACCUGACCCCUUGCAAGCCAAAUCAAAUACACCAUGCCCCAUGUCAACGGACCAGUCGUCAAACGAGAGGUUGAAGCUGAUAGUAAAUUUCGAUGCAAACAAGGUUUUCCCUGAUACUAGAAAUGCAGAAAAAGAGACAUCGAAAGCUAAUCAACACAAAACCUGGGCUGAUGAAUCGGAUGAAAUGCAUCAAGAUGAAGAAUUGAACGAAACUGGAGGAACGGAACAGACUCCUGCCGCAAGAGGUCAACUGAACACGAUGAAUACAUCAUUGCCGGAACAUACAUGUGAAAAAGGAUUUUCCUCCGACAGCACUUCGUAUGACGAAUACUGA